CAUCGUAAUAGGCUGGCUCUACCCCCCUUACGCGUAUUUGUAUUCUGUUUUAAUGGGCCUUUGAGCCGCUUGACACGGGAACAAAAGCAAUUGUUCGUGGUUCGGAAAAUAAGAAAACGUCGUUUCGCCGUCGCACUUCAUAAACUGCAAAUGUGGAGCAGGAUCUCGCGCAGGAGUCAACGGCUUCCGUGAAUAGUUAGCGGGACUGUCUUUGCUUCUCUGCUAAAACAACUAGCCACCAAAAGAGAAUUAAAGCAUCAUUUAUGGUCAGUUUCUGUACAUAUACAGUCAGGUAACAGUCGAGAAUCGGAAGCGGUCACCUUUAAACGAAGAGCCUUUACCUUUUGGGGUGUUUAAGGGCUGGGACAUCAGAUCCAGGUGUCGCUCGCGCACAGCAGAUCACUGUCAAGCCUCAAGCUUCAUGCAUGAUGUGUUGUUGCAGUGACAGAUGUGGGAUUACAGCCGUCACUCCCCCACCUUGGACUGGGUUCAUUGUUGUCUCUUCCUGAGCCCUGCUGGCCUCCCCCUGCAGAAAUGACUGACAAGAGAAACCCACCUUUUUUUAAUGAAACAAAUUUAGGUGUUCUGUACCACAAGCUGCCCUUCCGAGAGACCAUGGAGCUGUUCAUCGAAACUCUGACAGGCACCUGCUUCCAGCUGCGCGUGUCACCCUUUGAACAGGUCAUCUCGGUCAAGGCCAAGAUUCAGAGACUGGAGGGUAUCCCUGUCUCCCAACAGCAUUUGAUUUGGAACGGGAUGGAACUUGAAGAUGAGUACUGCUUGCAUGAUUAUAGCAUCACAGAGGGUUGUACUCUCAAGCUAGUCCUCGCCAUGAGGGGAGGGCCAGUAAACACCAGACGAGUGACAGUGACGGAUGACUCGGUGAGGGAUAUCUCUGACUGUAUCGAUGCAGGGAGAGAUGAGAUGUGGGAGAAGUCUCUCCCUAAUAAACAGGUCACUUUCCUGGUGUACCGCGAGGGAGAUCAGCUCAAUUUCUUCCGAGUGCUGGACAGAGGAGAUGGAACUCUCACACCUGUAUCUGAAUCACUGAGCGGUGGCUUAGUACACAAUGUGUACACCGAGGAGGAGGAGAGCACGUCUUCAGAACAGCAGACGCUGGAGAACUCGAUCACAAUGAACAAGAUGAAACUGCUCAAGGCCAAGAUGGAGAAUAUGAACAUUAACAAAAAGCCCAAAAAGACUGCAAAAUUAAAAGUCAGACCUCCAGUGGGUCCGAGACCCUGCAGCAGUUCCCUCGGCUCUGCCCGACACCACCGAAUGUUUCGUGUCCUCCCCCAGAUAGGCCACGCCUCUUCAAUGCAUCUACCUCCAGUUGGCGACCAGCAGCAACCUGCAGCCUCAUCUCUUGCUGCUGGCUCCUCCCGCCAACCGUUCGCUUCUCUCUCUAGCCCCUCUCCCUCCAGACGAGCUCAUCCCUCCUCUGCUGCUUCCAGCGUAUACAUGCUACAGGCUGAUGAACCGUGGGAUCAUCCCGUUCCCAGAAAGAUCAGACUCCCUCCCAAAGUGUCCAGGCUGGAUGUGAGAGGGCCUAAAGUUAUGAGAGACUGUGUGUACCCACCUGUGUCCGUUCUGUCCAAACCUGGGAUUCAGGAAGAGGUAGAUCUCCAGGGUGACAGACUAAUAGUACCAGAGAUUGAGCUUUCUAAACCGGUUCCGUUCAAUAUUCCUGAGCCUUUAAGUCUGGACGUAUCCGUUAGAGAGUGCGAGAGAGGUCUGAAUGCUAUAGAAAGUGUGCCAGAUCACACAUCCGGAGCUCCUCUACUUUCCAAAGCCAUCAACUCGAGCACCGUCGGCUCGUGGAUGAUUGGCAGUGAGAGGCUGGGGUCUCAAACAGAUAUACCACAGCACUUUGAGUUCACAGGGGCUUCCUUGCAGCCCAACCCAUCCCAUCCUCUCAUCAGGACCAAUAACAGCCCUGUUCCAUCAGCCAGCUCACCGUCACUGUCCACAUCUGUGCGAAGGGUCAAAGUUGACUCGCAUGAAAAGGUGAUUUCUAAGUGCGAGGCGCGGGACAUUACCAAAAUGGCCAACAAAGCCACCAGAGAGCCGUUUGGCUCGGUGAGCAACGCAGAGCUCCUGGCUUCACUAGCGGGUGCCGCCCACCUCCCAACCAACAUGCAUCUGUUGCAGGAGGACCUGCUGAGGAGGAUCUCUCCCCAACAGAGAGCAUCUGCAUACACGGCGUCAAGCUCAUCAGCCGGCCUCUCCAGCUCAAUAAAGAGAUUAGGCACUCCGACACAUCACUUACCACCUGUGAAGGUUCACACUGGCACAAAGAAGAAGAGUUCAAAGCACUGCUUCCUUUGUGGGAAGAAGACUGGCUUAGCCACCAGCUAUGAAUGCAGGUGUGGCAACAUCUUCUGUUCUGUCCACCGCUAUGCAGAGACCCACGACUGCACUUACGAUUACAAAAGCGCAGGUCGCCGCUUUCUACAGGAGUCCAACCCCAUCAUAAGUGCUCCAAAGCUGCCCAAAAUAUGAAGGCCCGGGACAUCAGAUCAAUGUUACAGAUCAACUAUUAAAACACAGAACAACCUUGAUCACCAAUGUGUGCUUUUAUUACCAUGCUUGUUUAAAAUAUACUUUAAAAAAGAGAGAAAGAACGGAAUUCACUCCUCCUGAUUGUCUCGGAAAGCAUAGGCUAACUUUGUUUGCUGUGUUUAUAUUAAUACAAAAACACUUACAAACCCUGCAUGUAAAUAGACUCUGAAAAAAAAUUAUAUCACACAGCAACCGUGUAAAAAUUCAAAAGACACAACUCCAAGUAUAUCUAUUUAUAUAUAUAUAUGUGUGUGUUGUGUUACUUAUAAUAGGUCUGACGUCUUGCAGAGAUGCACUUUAGUAAUGCUGAAUAUCUCUUGUGGAAAAGGGUUUGUUAUGGGCGUGGGAGGGGGGUGUGAUUGAACCAUGUGCCGUUUGUCUUUUGUAAUGAAUUAUAUGUUAUGUUUCCUGUUUGAGUGUUGUUAGAGUUCUUACUCAUUAUUCCUCUUUGGUUUAUCACAUCCAGCAGCACUCUUCUUAUCAAGGAAAAUGCCAAGCACUGCACACUCGUGUUAUAAAAAGCUGAACUCUGAGUACUGAUAUAUUCCAUAUCAGCUGUACUGGACAGACUAUGCAGUUUUGACCAUGUAGCAUUGUAUAACAUUGGGCUUGGCGUGAUAAGAUGCGAACAUUCGACUGGUUGCCAUGGCAAAAGAUCCUUUUUGUACCUUAGUAUUUGAAAAGCUGCUCAGGCGAUGACGCUAAUAAAAUAUCCUUGUGUUUUCUUUGUUUUUA